AUGACUCCGAAGAGCAAACGAGGCUCGAAGAGAGCGUCGAAGAAUGGCGAUGAGACUGAGCCGAUCGACGACCUUCCCACUGAAGGCGAUCAGUCAGCGAUAGCUGGAAGGGUCGAGGACUCGACGGCGGCACCGGACGAGUGUGCCCCGGUUUCGCCCGACGUAGCUACCCAAGCGGACUUGGGAAGCCCUCCGGCGAAGAAGACGCGGUUCGGAGUCGAUCGGGGGCUCACGCGAGAGGAGCUCGAGCACAUGAUCGCGGAGAUCGAGAGUAGAUCGGACAAGAAGUGGCACCAGAGGACGAUGAGAGCCCUUGAAGCGACGGUUCAAGGCGAGUCGGCCAUGCAGGCCACGAUCGCGUCGUGGAGCAAGACGCUCCAGAACGACGUCGGACGGGUGGCGACGGACACCAGCCACAUUCGGACCAAGACGGUGGAGCUGGCAAUGGAGGUGGCGGAGAUGCGGCGCGCCUUGGGAAGGGAGAAGCAGGCUCAUCAGGACGUGCUGUUGAUGCUUCAACAGCUACGCGAGGAGCAUGUUACUCUUAACAAGCAACUGGCGGCAGUACUCGCGAGCGCGACUUCGGAACCGAAGGUGACGAUCGGCGGCGCCGGAAAGCCGGAGAAGGUUAUCACCUGCACGCUGUGCGCCGAGGACCACAAGGAGGAGCUUUGCCAGAAAUUCCCGACGGCGACGGACCGGCUGCUCAAGGCCAUCGAGGCGGAGCUGUGUCUGAAGUGUGCCAGGCACUCAGCUCGAGUUAAGUGCCGCCACCAGCGGUUGAAGUGCCCGAGGUGUGGCUCGGAAGCCCACUUGCAGUAUCAAACAGUGAAUACGACGAUGACAACUCAAGUCAAACCCUUAAUCCAAAAACUGAAAACCCAGGUGACUAGACGAGUCUCGGCGGCGGUAAAAGCGGCUGGGACGGCGGCUGCUCACCUGGACAACCUCGAAGGAAACGUUCCCUCGUUGGAAGAACUCCGAACGGCUAGGCCGAUUUGGACGACACUCAAGAAGGCCUUGGAGGACUUGGUCCGACUGGCCGAGCUGGAAACGGCGGCCAUCGGCGAGUUAACCGAGGCGAGAGUGCCGGAGACGGCUCUUCUUGAUGGGCUCCGGGCGGUGGAGGAGCAUAAACGACACCGCGAGGUACGGCGAGUCUGGUUGGAGACUGUCAGGUGCUCGAAGAGGUUCGAGGCGUAUAUGGAGACGCUAUGGGAACGGUUCCCCGAGGAGCCGCGCGAGGAGGCGGCCGAACCCAAAAUGGAGGAGGAGUCCUCAGACCUUAGCGAGGAUGAAAUGAGAGAGGAACCGUUAAUGAGCGAGAGCUCCAGAAUGGCGCGCUUCGAGGAACCGGCGGGACAGGUGGCGACUUGCAGUCUCCACACGGCCCUGGAAGAUGACCAAGGGAACCGGCGGUACAUGCCGGAAGGCUUAGCAACGUACAAAUUACCUUCGGUGGAGAUUCCGAUGUUCGACGGCAAUGUGGAAAGCUAUGCGAAGUUCCGCAAUAUCUUUUUGCACGCUGUCAGUCGGAAUACACAGAUGGAUCCGACGUCCAAGUUUGUGAUGCUACAGAGCAAAGUAACUGGGCGGGCGGAGGUACUGUUGGAAGCGAUUGAGCCGUCGGAUGAAGCUUACGCGGAAGCGUGGCGAAUCCUCGAGCGCAGAUUCAACACCGGACAGACCGGGGCAUUGCCGCAAGACAUGCUUGAUCUGUUAGAUCGGUGCGAGAGCAUUCUGAGGCGACUCAACCGAUUCAAUCUGGGUCGCGCGCCCAUGAUGGCGCGGAAUCUUUUGGCUAAGUUCCCAGCGUCGAUACAGGCCAGGAUUGACCGCCGUCAGACAAAGGCUAAGUACUCGUUCGAUGUAACGACCAUGUUGGAACAACUGCAGGAAGUUGUGGAAGAGGAGGAUGCACUCCACCAACGAAUGGCGGCCAGGCGGCCGGGAGCAGAAAGUUCGGAAUAUUCCUGGGACGCGGACGCAGUGCAGGUCGCGGUGACUCUAGGUCAUGAGGAGAAUCAACGCGGAUCCUAUGGAAGGGCGGAGCCAUACCGGAACGACGACCACCGCGGCGGAAGGCCGGGAGGUGUCAGGAGCCCGAACGGUCGAGGUAGCUGGAGCGGUCAGCAAGGGAAGGGUUACAUGCCCUUGCCGCAUGAAGGACGAGGCACGUACGGUAGACCCCAAGCGUCAAAGGCGGAGGAGAGAAGAAAGGCGCCGCAAAUACGCCGGCCGCAACAGACGAGUUGUCCGUUUGAUGAUGGAGGUCAUUGGCCAGAGAACUGUCCGUUGACCGCGGAAGCUCGGAAGGCGGCAGCGGUGAGUAGACGGGGGCAUAUUGUCGGAACUGUGGCGGCAACCACCAUCAUGCCAUCUGCCAGCAACCCGAUAUGUUUUUUCGUUCCCCAGCGAGUAACCAGCAAUGAAGCCUCGUUCCCGGUAGGGCCCUCUGCAACGGCGGCGGAGAAGCCCUCUUCAGAGAUCAACCGUCAGCGUAGAUCUUUACCGCCGUGCCCACUGGAAGUGGGCUAUCAGGUAGCUGCAGCUCGGCCGUGUCCGGAGGAGACAGUGGUGGCGGCCGUAAGCCAGGUCAAAGGAGCUGCUGUACCAGUGAUAAAAUGCAGUGGGGCGGACCAGACAUUAGUGACACAGAAACUAGCGGACGAGCUAGGCCUUGAAGAAAUCAGACGUCGGAUAGUGAUAGUCUACGGAGUCGGAGAUAGCGCCACCCGACUAGAAACGGCCGUUUAUAACAUCCCAUGGAAGCAAGGGGCUGCAUCGCUACAGAUAAUGGCGACGGCGAUUCCGCGGAUUUGCCAUGAGAUGCGGCGGCUAUACCUACCGGACGGGGAAUCGGAGGUAGCAAUGGAGACCGUGACCAUUGAUUUACUGUUAGGAAUGGAUCACAUCGCUGACUUCCUGAGAAGUGCGAGGAUCAGUAGAAUGGCCAACGGACAGAUUCUACUGCACACGCCGUACGGCGACGGCGUAUGCGGUAGGGCAUCUGAUGAGAGCCUAGGAAGCACUUUGUGUCUAACCCACACCGCCGAGGAUUUCGACAUAGCUCAGAUGUGGAGCCUCGAUUUCCUGGGCAUACAGACUCCCGGGGGAGCAAAGCAGGAGGUGGCGGAAAACGAGCAAGUAGUAAAGGAAUACUUGGAGAAGGUAGUAGUCCGCGACGGCGAGAUACAUGUGGCACUUCCCUUUAACGGGAAGGAGGCCAGACUGCACUCCAACUAUGCCAUGGCUCAUAAGCGGCUGGUAGCGCAAUUCCACGCAUUACGGAAAGAGCCUGAUGCUCUGGAACAGUACGACCAGACGAUCGCGUCACAGCUGGCUAGCGGAAUCAUUGAAGGAAUAUCCGGACCUUCCGGUUUACGCGUUUGCCGUUUGGAUUGGGGCCUUCUCCCUUCCUUGGAUUGGGGCCUUCUCCCUUCCGAGGUUCUGCGAGAGUGCUUGCCUGGCUCAUCCAAGACGAGAACAGAUGAUCUGAAGGGGGACACCCUCACGGUAACGACCACGGCUCUCAUACCGGUAAACGGCGAAACGAUGGACAACGAGGUCGUCCCGUACCAGAAUGUUCGAACGUUGACCAGACUCGCUGCGAUCAUGCGACGGGUCGCAGAAUUCGCUAGGCAAACCGGUCGGAGAAGAAUCGCCUGGACAGGUCCUCUCAUGAGAGAGAUUGAGAGACAAGGUAGCAACACCACAGCACAGAUCCGGGCUGCGGAACUCUGGCUAAUCGUGCGACACUAUCAGGAUAUGGCGUCAAUCGAUGAGUUCCGCAUUGAUCAGAAUUUGAACCCGAGGGUUGACCCCGACGGGAUAAUUCGUUGCGUGGGCCGGUUAAAAAAUGCAUACCUUCACCUGGCCGCACGAGAGCCAAUUUUGAUUUUGUCGGGUCACCCGUUGGCGCGGCUCGUAAUCAAUGAGGCCCACGAAAAGAGCAUGCACCACGGACGAGAGCACACUAUGGCAGCGGUUCGAGAGCGAUUCUGGAUCACGGCUCAAAGCUCGUGCUCGCGCGUCGAGACGUUCCUCGAAUCGUGGCAAUUCAUCGCCACCGCUACCCACUUGUUUGCCACGUUCAGCCUACCAUUGGAAAUGUACGCCAUCUAUCUAAUAGUCACCAAGACGCCGUCGCAUAUGGGCAAUCUUAAAGGCGCAUUACUUCAAAUUCAAUUCUGGCUGUUCGCUAUGGAUUUCGUGUUCGGCCUCCUCAUCAUCCCCUAUAUAAUGCUGCCGUGCCCGUGUGGAACCUCGUUGGGAAUUUUGAGGGCGUUUGGGGUGCCAAUGAUCUACCACGUGAUUCUCGGCUAA